UGGUCCAAGUAGAAAAAAAUAUUUCUAACAAACAAUCCAUACCGUAGCAUCACGUUCGACCUCGGCGUUGUUGCGUUCAUUACUGUAUUGUCGUUCGGUGUCAGAAGGAUUCUGGGAGCAAGACGAGAAGCCUAAUCGACCGUGUUUUGGAAUGAAGGUUUGGAGUGGGGUAAACAGGUCUCGAACUUGGAUUGCGCUGUCCCUUUUUUCGAAUCGGCUCUCGCGAAAGCAAACCCACGGCUUGGUCUCCUCCUCGAGAAAUUUUUCUCGCAACAGUGCGCUCUGUGGCAAGGGCACCGUGCGACGCAACAUGGCACCCGAACUGAUCGACGUCGAUUGUAAUCUUCUGCACAAAGACAUGGUGACGUUGCAAAAAAUCGAGACGAGCGAUCCCUGGAACAUCCUGAAGGAAGAUGCGGUGAAGGAUUCCAACAUCGUCGCUAUGCUGUCUCCCUCGUCGACCAUCAUCGAAUCCGAAAGGGGGUUAGAACUUUUGAAGACGCACCCUCCCCCACUCGAUAUCAAAACCACCGUUGGAGUCCACCCGUACCACGUGAACGACCAAUCGUUAAUCAUUUCGGGAGACGGAACCAAAAUCACAAUCGAGGAACAGAAGAGCAAAAUCAAGCACAUUCUACAAGCUGACAGAGAAGGAACCACUAAUCAAUUCUGUGUGGCUGUCGGCGAGUGUGGUUUGGAUGCUAGCGAAGGAUUUCCACCCCUGGAGGACCAAAUACCAUGGUUUGAAAUGCAAAUCGAAAUUGCGAAGGAACUAGGUCUUCCCCUCUUUGUCCACGAACGACUUGCAUUCGACAAAGCCAUGGAAUUGCUGGAGAAAAUUGAUCCAUCAGACGUCCCUGUCAUCAUCCACUGUUUCACGGGGACGAAGGAAGAAUGCACAGCCUACAUCGAAAGAGGGUAUUUCAUUUCUAUUUCGGGCUACAUUCUCAAACAAUCGAACAGCAAUUAUUCGGAAGUUGUAUCCUGCCUAGAGGAGGGGGUGAUACCACUGGACAAACUUAUGAUUGAGACGGAUGCUCCGUACAUGGGGUUUGAUGGCUGCCGACAGCUAUAUUUAGAAGGUAAUCAAGCGUUCGUUGCCAGCCUGAAUUCGAAAAAACGAAAACGCCUGCUACAAUCGAUUUAUCCCAACGUUCCGAGUUCUCUACCGAUGGUACUUGCAAAAGUAACCGAGUGCUUCCAAAAACACGACUCUUCUCUGACUAUAGAUAGCGUCGCAGAAGCGACGACAGCGAAUGCCCGGAAGUUUUUUGGCCUAUAAAAACGUCCAGCCUGUAUGGUAUAUGGAAAUCAAUGGUAUGUGCUUUAACAUGUACAAGAUGCGGACAGCCCUUUUGGCAAUGAUCUAGUUUUGCAAGAAUGAUACGACAAAGUUGGGAAAUGUUUGCCAUCUUCGGGUCUCAUUGAAAUGAAAACAGAGAACUCAUGACCUAGGAAAGAGAGAUCGUCUUUGAUUCUUCUUCAAGCUACUCCUUCGCAGAAUCACAACCGAAGAGGUUCAUGGAGCAUUUUGCAAUCCAAACGAUAAAUAUUUGACGAAUCCCACACAGAUUACGCCAGAUUCAGGUACUUCAAAGAUUGAUCCAUCACAACUGAUGAUUGAUGUUGGAGUAAGAAAUCUCGUUCUGACAA